AUGCAAAUGAUUACCAAUUGGAUAAUGAAUCAAGACAACAACGGAAUUUUAUCAUCCAGAAAGAGGACGAUUGUAUUCAUUUUAAUCUUAGCUUUAUUGGUUGCCUAUUAUGUUAAAAGUCCACCUCCUCCGGCUUGUGAUAUGGAAAUAGCUGAAAAUAGAGAUUUCAACAGUUUUUAUGGUAUUACUGGUUUGAAAAAUCAUUUUACAACCCCAACGGCGGAUGAAUGUAGUCCAGGUAUUAUAUUUCGACCAGCCUUGCCUCAAACGAUAUUGAAAGCAGAUAAUUCAGCAAGUUCAUUUAUGACAUUAGCCAAGUACGGUACUGGUAAAACCUUAUUAAGAUGUGAAUAUUUCAAAUGUUUGGCUGCGAAUAAUUAUCUGAAAAUCUCCAUAUUAAACCGACAAAUCAGUGAAUAUCUCGAUCGAUAUGUUUCCGGAAAGAAUCUGACUCGAAAGGACUGUCAAAAUGAGAACUGUCUAAUCGACUGGUCAGAAAAUGAAUUUGCACAAUUAAUUUUCUCUAGCUUAGUCACAGAAUUGAUCGAUACACAUCAUAAUACACCAUUAAGCUUCCCCGAUUUAUCCUUACAUGAGAAAAUUCAUCUGAUCACUAUCAUCUGUUAUUAUUACAAUGGUGUAGGUACGGGUAACCUGGAACAUUUUGUCAAUUCUUUCCUUGGUAAACGGCCAGACUCGCCGUAUCUGGCAAGUGAAGCUAAGGUGCAAGUUCAAGAACGAAAUAUGUUUCAUGAUAAGCCGUUGCUAACACAUUUGAAAAGUGACUUUAAAAGAUUUUCGAUUCUGAAGAACGAUAAUGAACGAUUGCAUUUAUUAUUGGCUAUUCUUGAAGAGGAAAAAUUUGAACAUGAGGCCAGUAGUAAACAUCUCUAUGAAAAUGUUUUCCGAGAUCUUACUCGAUUUUCCGUGUUUAUUAAAAAUUCUUUGAACAAAACACCCGUGUUUGUUAUCGAUGGCAUCGAUGAAAAUGGAUAUUUUUUUCCACAAAAACGAAGUGAGUAA